AUGCCUAUGACUCCAGACUCGCAGCUUACCCUCCUGUUCUCGCCCGACCUUAUUCCAAACUCGGUCAGAGACGCACUCCCGAGCGACCUCCAUGUCCGUCCGCUGGCCGUCGACGACUAUCACCGCGGACAUCUCGAGGUCCUAAAGGUCCUUUCCGUCGUUAAUGACCCUGGUUUUGAUGCCUACCGUGCACAUUUCGAGUCAAUGUUGCCCGCCAACACGUCUGCGUCAAAGGGUCAGACUUACUAUGUCAUCUCAAUCGUAUCGAAACAGACGGACAAGGUUGUUGCCACUGGAUCCGUCUUCAUUGAACGCAAGUUCCUCCGUGGACUUGGCAGCGUUGGCCAUAUUGAGGACAUUGCGGUCAGCAAGGAUAUGCAGGGAAAGAAGCUUGGCCUCCGUGUUAUUCAGACAUUGGUCGCAUUGAGUGAAAAGGCUGGAUGCUACAAGACUAUCCUCAACUGCUCAGACGAGAACAUUCCAUUUUAUGAAAAGUGCGGUUUCAAGAAGAAGGAGAAUGAGAUGGCCAAGUAUGCGACCGACUCGACUACCCCUGGUCGUUUGUAG